AUGGACCAAAACCCAACCUGGGAAUUUACGUGCAAAUACUUGGGAGAUUAUCCUGGAGCUUCCCCGGAACAGAUCAAAAAAGCAUACCAGGAAUACCUUAAGACACAAGGAGAGGAAUUAAUUUCGAAACCUACGCAUGAACUGCCGGAGAAAAUUAAAGGUUUGUUCUUGUGUUUUGGCUUUCUUAAAACUAAUAGGAUACUAAGUAUCGUUUCCUUAGUCUGGGAUAAUGCAUUCAAAAUUGAGUUUCAAGAGCCCGUCAACUUCCUAACUGGGUUAACUGACCGCUUAAAAGAAGUCGCCAGUGACAGUGCAUCUUACAAUUACUUGGUCGUUGUCCAGUCGUCUGGAUAUGGGAAGACGAGAUCUAUUUGUGAGCUUGGGUCUAAAGGGAUUUCUCUCAUAUACGUGUGUUUCCGUAGUAAAAGUUCAACCGGUUACCCACCGGCAACUCCGAUGAGUGAUGUAAUAUUGAAUGAAUUAAUGACUGCAGAAAAUAUAGAUACUGCCCAUGCAAUAGCAGGACAGUGGAUCCGAGCUAUGAUCAAGACAUACUAUGACAACGAUCUAUUCUCGAAACCUGCAGACUUACUAAAUAACAAG